ACCUGACUCCAUGUUGGACUUUGACAUCCCCUCCUCCCAAACACACCCACAUGAAAAUCAUUAAGCGGAUCAAAAAAAAAAAUGGAAAAGAAAAUUAUUAACUCUCCCUCCUUCUCUCUAAUAAUUUUCUCAUUCUAUAUUAUUAAAGAUUAAUUGAGGAAAAAAAUAUCAGUGUCUCAAUCACAUCCUCAAUCCCCUUCACACCUACAAAACCCCCCAUCCACUUUCCAUUCUUCCCUGCCCUCCUUCCCUUCACUUUACUCAUCCCAUUUUGCAGUACCCUUUAAGCCAUUUCCAAUCUUCCCACAUCUUUUUGCCCGAAGAAAUGAGAGAAAUUCUUCACAUCCAAGCCGGGCAAUGUGGUAACCAGAUUGGGGGCAAGUUCUGGGAGGUGGUGUGCGACGAGCACGGCAUCGAUACCACUGGAAACUAUGUCGGCGACUCUCAUGUUCAACUUGAGAGGGUGAAUGUCUACUACAAUGAGGCAAGUGGUGGGAGGUAUGUUCCCAGAGCGGUGUUGAUGGAUCUCGAGCCCGGUACGAUGGACAGCCUGCGUACCGGGCCCUACGGAAAGAUCUUCAGGCCUGACAACUUUGUUUUCGGCCAAAAUGGCGCCGGAAACAAUUGGGCCAAGGGGCAUUACACUGAGGGAGCCGAGCUGAUCGAUUCGGUUCUUGAUGUGGUUCGUAAAGAGGCAGAGAAUUGUGAUUGCUUACAAGGCUUCCAGAUUUGCCAUUCACUGGGAGGAGGGACAGGGUCCGGAAUGGGGACCCUGCUCAUAUCAAAGAUAAGGGAAGAGUAUCCGGACCGGAUGAUGCUGACGUUCUCCGUCUUCCCGUCACCCAAGGUGUCGGACACCGUGGUUGAGCCGUACAACGCCACCCUCUCCGUCCACCAGCUGGUCGAGAACGCCGACGAGUGCAUGGUUCUCGACAAUGAAGCCCUCUACGAUAUCUGUUUCCGCACUCUCAAGCUCACCAAUCCAAGUUUUGGUGACUUGAACCACCUUAUCUCCACCACCAUGAGCGGAGUCACCUGCUGCCUCCGCUUCCCCGGCCAACUCAACUCCGACCUCCGCAAGCUUGCCGUCAACCUCAUCCCCUUCCCCCGCCUCCACUUCUUCAUGGUCGGUUUCGCCCCCCUGACCUCCCGCGGCUCCCAACAAUACCGCGCCCUGACCAUCCCCGAGCUCACCCAGCAGAUGUGGGACUCCAAGAACAUGAUGUGCGCGGCCGACCCCCGCCACGGCCGCUACCUCACCGCCUCCGCCCUCUUCCGCGGCAAGUCCAUGAGCACCAAGGAGGUCGACGAGCAGAUGAUCAACGUGCAGAACAAGAACUCGUCGUACUUCGUGGAGUGGAUCCCAAACAACGUGAAGUCGAGCGUGUGCGACGUGGCGCCCACGGGGCUGUCCAUGUCGUCCACGUUCAUGGGGAACUCGACGUCGAUCCAGGAGAUGUUCAGGAGGGUGUCGGAGCAGUUCACGGUCAUGUUCCGGAGGAAGGCUUUCUUGCAUUGGUACACGGGGGAAGGGAUGGACGAGAUGGAGUUCACGGAGGCGGAGAGCAACAUGAAUGACUUGGUGUCGGAGUAUCAGCAGUAUCAGGAUGCGGUAGCGGAUGAGGUCGGGGAGGAGGAGUACGAGGAGGAGGCGGAGGCAAAUUAAGAGGGGCUUUUUAUUUUACGCAGAAACCGCUCACAGAACCGGCCACAGAAAGUGCAUCGAUAGGGAGGAUUUUUUGGGAGUGGUUACAACAACAUAUCGGUGCCUAUGUCUAUAUAAUUCAUUUGUUUCAGUGGUGGUGGUGGAUGUGUGUUGAGGGGUGAAUAAACAUGGUGGUCGGUUUCAUUUUAUGUUGGGGUUUACUCCUAUUAUUGUUGCAAGAUAUAAACGGUGUAAUAUUUUUCAAAUUUGUGAUUAUUAAUUUAUUGCUUAUGUUUGUACCAAAAAAAAAAAUAUUGCUUAUGCGAUUGUCAAUGUCAUGUGUGUACAUAUUGCUAUAUUGGUAUUAAAUCAAUUUGUUUUUAUA